GAGCAAAUCCCGCAUCCCCGUCGCCGCGCCCCCGCCCGUAGAAGAAUUCGAGCGUCUUCGCGUGCGGGACAGAGCGCCCUCUCAGCCGCAGCCGCCUGUGCCGCCUCCCAUGCCGUUGGGGGUGAGGUAUGGGCCUGCGAUGGAUAGAAGAGUAAGAGUGCGCCUGUUUCGGAGGAGGAGUCGGAGGAGGAUGAUGAGGAGGUUAGGGUGAAGCAUGUUAAGAGGCCGAAGUCGAAGUCGAAGAGUCGACGGAGGGAGAUCGAAGAGGAUGAUGAGGUGGUUUACAAGGAGAAGAAGAAGGGCGGGAAGAAGGCCAAGGGGAAGAAGGAGAAGUAUGUUGAGGCUAGUGAGACCGAGACUUCUUCUGAGGAAGAGGAGGAAUAUGCUGUUCCUGUGCGGAGGGGUGGACGGCCUAUGGUCGCGCCUAUGCCUGUGGAUGACGAGGAUAGUAGUGAAGAAGAGGUUAUGCAUGAGCGGAAGAAGAAGAAGGGCAAGAUGCCCGUGGAGCCUGAAUAUGAACGGGUUACUCGCAAGGCCAGCAAGCGUGGAAAGGAGACUGUUCGCUAUCCGUCGGUUCCGAAGAUGAAGUCCCACCGUCGCGAUGAGACUGAAAGCGAGACUGAGACUGAGAGCGAGAGCGAGACUACCAGUGACGACAGUGACGACGAGAUUGUUGUCCGCAAGAGCGAGCGAAGGGGACGCAGCAAGGGCAACAAGGCCAAGCACCGUAAGGAUGAUUCGUCUGGGUCUCCGAAUCUCAGAGCGCCUUCGAUGUCUCGCAAGAGACGACAAAAGUUUAUUGACACUGAGUAUGAAAUGGUUAAGCCAACUCGCGCACAAAGUCCUGACUUCCCUCGGUCGAAGAGCAAGAAGGGCGGCCGCCCCAAGGAUGAUAUGUUCAUCGAACCUUUUGAUCCUUACGCCAACUGGCCACCAGUCGAGACCUCCAGCAAGAAAAAGAAAUCCAAGGCCAAGGCAAUUCAACCCAGAGCCCGAUCUGCCGACAGGGACGUAUCUCGGGACUAUGGCCGCCGUAUGAAGGACGCCCGCAACGCCCGAGAUGACCUGGAAGUGGACCUAUACAGUCGCCGAAAAGCCCACUAUCCUGCCGCCGAUUUUGUACCUCCCAAGGCCGGGGCCCUCGUCGCUCCUAAAUCGCGACGCGGGAGAGGUACCAGCAUGAGCGAAAUGGGCUGGCCGCAGCCCGCAGGUCGCAAGCUCAAAUAUCUCCCUGAGGAGAGCUCUUCCGAGGAAUCGUCCGAGGAUGAGAAGCCAACACCAUACCUCGGGACGAAACCAAAACACCAGGCCCCAGCGCAAAAAGACCGGCUCUGGACCGAAAUCACCAAGGACCUCGUGGUGCGAGAAGCGAUUGAGCGGGCUGGGUAUGAGUAUGAAGAGACGGACCAGUUUUACUACAUCUUUGCCUACCUUCAUUAUGAGGACGUCUCUGGCCUCGUUGACAUGUCUGAAGAAAUCCGACAGCCCGGCACCGGCGGCACCACCCCCGGUUUUUAGUAAGUAUGGCCAGCCCGUGAUGGAACAGCCUCGACCGUGGCCGUAUAGCGGGCACGGAGUGGCCCAGCCCCAGGAAACGGUGUAUGAGGACAGUCGCUGGCGACUGCCGCGGAUGGGACGGUG